AGCGUGAGAAUGCCAACUGGCAGUCCAUACUUAAUAGUCAAAGGAUAAAGCAGUGUGGAACAGUAGCAGUGCAUCGUAGAGAUAGUAUAAACGAUCAGUAUUGUAUUGUAAAGAAUCGAGGAAUUCUGUAUAUUUUGCAAAUAUGCGGCGUCGAUCAUAUGCUAUCAGAGGAAGAUCGAGCUCUACUUCUCAACAUAGGGAGGAAGAGAUGCAGUCAUCUCCCUCUGAACAAAGAAGAACUUGUAUACAUGGCAAAAAACAAGGACAUCCUCCUGGAUUGAGAGGAAAAGAAAUAGGGCUAUAUUAUAGAGACAGAAAUAGAGCAAAAGCAAAACAUGCAAGAGCAAAUAGUCCAGUUCUCAAGUUAUCUUCUUACUUGAGUCAAAGAAUUAAAACCACUCUAGAACUUACAAACUUUCCUUCAGAGCUCAAUGGAAAGUCUGAGUGUGAAAACAAGUAUUAUCACAUCUCUGAUUCUCAGUUCAAGAAAAAAUUUUUAGAAAUUAUAAAUGGUAAUAUUCAGUGCAAUCUUGCCACAGCUAUGAAUAUACCAUCCAAACUACAAAAAAAUAGCAUCUUAGAUAAAGCACUGCAAACAGAGUUUGAGAAUAAACAAAAUCAGAGUGACUAUAAAAAUAUGCUGAAAUUUCGGUCAAAGUUACCAGCCUACCAGAAAAAGUCGGAAAUAUUACAAUUGAUUAAAGAUAAUCAAGUUGUUGUUAUUAGUGGAGAAACUGGAUGUGGCAAAACGACGCAAAUUGCCCAGUUUAUAUUGGACGAUCAGUUGGAAGCUGGAGAAGGUAGCAUUACUCGAAUUGCUUGCACACAGCCUAGAAGAAUUUCUGCUAUUUCUGUCGCUGAACGUGUAGCCGCGGAAAGAGCAGAGAAACUUGGAAAAUCUGUCGGCUAUCAGAUACGACUUGAAAAAGCCGUACCGCGAGAGCAAGGCAGCAUAUUAUUUUGCACGACCGGUAUAUUAUUGCAACUUAUGAAAACCGACCCAGCGUUGAAGAAUUUUUCUCACGUGAUAUUGGACGAGAUUCACGAGCGUUCUACAGAAAGUGACUUCAUCAUCACGUUAUUGAAACAAGUUAUCCCGAGAAGAACAGACUUGAAAAUUCUCUUGAUGAGCGCGACACUGAAUUCUGAAAGAUUUUCGGAUUAUUAUGAAAAAUGUCCGAUGAUACAUAUACCGGGAUUCACUUAUCCAGUAGAGGAAUUUUAUUUAGAAGAUGUUUUAUUGUUCACUAGAUUCAAAUUCCCUGAGCCAAAACCAGAACCAGUUUAUAGAAAAUAUAUGAAAAAAUCACUAGGUAAAAAACAUGAAUUUACGGAUAUGAUAGUACCUUACAUUAGGCAACUUACAAUUGAGAAAAAAUACCCACCAUAUGUUGUUAAACAAUUACAAAAUUCGAAUAGUGAAGAUAUGUCAUUAGAGCUUACAGAAGAAUUAGUUAGAUACAUAUGUGAGACAAAAGGUCCAGGAGCUAUUCUUAUUUUUUUACCUGGUAUGAUGGAUAUAUUGAAGUUAUAUAAAAUGAUGAUAAAAUCACGUUAUCCAGACUACAAGUAUGUCAUCUACCCUCUUCAUUCGCGCAUGCCAACGGUUGACCAGAAACUUAUAUUUCAAGAACCGCCUAACGGCGUUCGUAAAAUAAUUAUUGCUACUUCGAUCGCCGAGACGUCGAUAACUAUAGAGGACGUAGUGUACGUGAUAGAUUGCGGGAAAACGAAACUCGGAAGAUUCGACGUAGAGAAAAAUAUUCAGACUUUAGAACCUGAAUGGGUAUCUUUGGCUAAUGCUAAGCAAAGACGCGGCAGAGCGGGCAGGGUUAAGAGCGGAGAGUGUUAUCAUAUGUAUACGAGAGCACGGGAAAUGACGUUCGAUCAUUAUCCAUUACCAGAAAUGUUGAGAACGCGUUUGGAAGAGGUAAUCUUGCAAAUAAAAAUGCUGCAGUUAGGGAGAGCCAAAGAGUUCCUAAGUAGCGUUAUGGAUCCGCCAAAUCUAAAAGCCAUUGACCUGUCUCUCGAUUUGCUCAGGACGCUCAAUGCCCUCGACGAAGACGAGAACUUGACACCUUUGGGCUAUCAUUUAGCACAUCUACCGCUUGAUCCUAGAACAGGAAAAAUGAUUCUCUGGGCGGCGUUGUUCUCCUGCGUCGAGCCAAUAUUCGCCAUCGCGGCUAGUCUCACGUUUAAAGAUGCUUUCUACUGUCCACUUGGAAAGGAGGAAGAAGCCAAUGAGAAGAAACUUGAGCUUAGUAUGGGCCAAUGUAGCGACCAUAUGGCACUCGCCGAAGCUCUAAGGCGAUUUGAGUUGGCGUACCAACAAGGAUUCGCCAGCCAGUUUUGCCGCCAGUAUUUUCUCUCUUACAACACGCUGAGACUUCUCUCUGAGAUGAAACAUGAUUUCGCGAGAUACUUGCAUGAGAUGAAGUUUCUGGACAGCGAAAAUCCGAACGAUACGAAUGCUAACAGAAAUUCAAAUAACAUGGCUUUGAUAAAGGCUAUCGUCUGCGCUGGAUUGUACCCUAAUAUCGCCGUCGUGAGGCGAGUUACGCAAAAUGGAGUAGUUGGUUGGACGCCAGAGGAUGGCAGGGUAUAUACACAUCCGUCGAGCGUGAAUAAUAAGAAUCGCCACUUUCUCAGCCGAUACUUGACGUAUUUCACGAAGCAACGCUCCACCGCUAUAUUCUUGCACGACACUACGUGUGUGAGCCUACCAAUUUUAUUGUUUGCUAGGCCGAAUAUAUUGAUAAAGCGAGAACAUGGAAAAUGCAGGAUAAGUUUCUUUUCCGAUAAUAUUGCUUUCGAAUCGGACACGGCGGAGGUGAUAAAGGAACUUCACGGGACUCUGAAUACUUUAUUGGAAUAUAAAAUCUCGCAUCCGGCAACGGUAUCUUGGUCGUCGUCCGAAGGACAAUUGCUCAAAGCGAUCAUUGAACUGGUGUCCCAAAAAGAUGAAGAGAUAGGCUUUGGCGAGGAUAUGUCUAAGGAGGACGUCAAUGAUUAAAAGAAUCCAUGGACGAUAACUUUUAAUAUUGAUAGAAUUAUUAAUUUAUUUUUUAUGUUUUAUAAAUUUGUCAAUUGUUCGUUAUGUUUUAUUGUACUGUAUUAAUUAUCGCAUUGGUAAGUUGCGCGAUUCCUGUGUGUUUUUCAUUCCUCCGUAGAUAUAAUAAUGAACGAAUCGUUAUAUUUAUACGUUAUAUGCAUACACGUAACGUUCACAUCAUCUUAGCAACCUCUUUCCAUCAGUCUCAAAUCGUCACGGAAUACCGCUUAUUAUUAUCGAGAGUAAGCGUUUAAUAUAUAACGAUAAAAAGGAACUUCGGUAUGAGUGUCAGCCACAAGUACACACCAUGUUGCACGCGAUAAAGACAUUUUUUGACGUUAAAAUGCUUGACUUCUGUGCGUAUACAUGUGCCGCGAUCCACUGUAGGACACAUUUGCAUUUAAACUAUUAAAAAGCAAAAAAAGAGUACAAAUAAAAAAAAUAAUUCAUUUUGUGUAGACUCACGAUUUAUGUAAAAGUUGCGUGUGUAUUGUCGCGAUUACAUCGAAUAAUCGCACUUAACGGGUCACGAUAAGCCAUUGUGUGGUUAUUGUUUAUCCCAAAUUGUCUCAAGUGUCAACUGUAUACGUGUAUAAAGUAAUCUAACUAUUUGAAUAGCAGCUGCUGCUGCGACUUUUCAUUGUUUGUCUACUUGGAUGUGUAAAACGACUUAGAGUUAGACUAGAUCAACGAGAAUCAUUUAGCAGAGGAGAAGCUGACAACAGUGUAAAACGACGUACGCGCGAUUCUCAGCGCUCCGUGGUGCAACGGGACGUGAACUUUUGACCCUCCCAUACUUCACGCGAUCGUCAAUAAAAUACUAUAUCCAGUC